GUUUCCUUGCCAGAGUUUAAAUAUAUUUAUUAUCCUACUGUAGACCUUUCACUUUUGGCAAUCUUCAUUUGCUUGCCAGUGUAUUUCAUGCAUGUUAUCUUAUCUGCACGAAGCAUCAUCACUUUAAAGGUCCUGCUGUAAGAUCUAUAUUUUGCUAAAUAUAUAGCAUGAAUUGAUGUAACCAGCACCAUGCUUUCCUCGCACAUAAAUUAUGUUAUUUUCACACUUCUCUACUCUUCUAUAACACUCGCAACUGGUACUCAGGACCAGAACCGCAUUGAGAAAGUUUAUCAACGUCAUAGUAGAUCCAACCACUCAGCCAAAGCCAGUGACAACACCUACAAGACAUCUUUCCCUGGAGUGACAUGGGACAACGACAAUUGGCUUCUCACCACAACCAACCUCGAACAAGGCCAUUAUCAGGCUCGCGGUUCAGUAGCAAACGGCUAUCUGGGAAUCAACGUUGCCGCCGCCGGUCCCUUCUUUGAAAUUGAUGCUGACGAAGAAGGUGGAGUCAUCAACGGCUGGCCGCUCUUCUCAAGACGUCAGACCUUUGCUACUAUUGCCGGCUUUUACGACGCACAACCAAAGACAAACGGAACCAACUUUCCAUGGCUCUUGCAAUAUGGCUAUGAGAGUGUCAUCAGUGGAGUUCCGCACUGGAGUGGACUUAUUCUCGACCUGGGAGACGAUGUGUAUCUUGAUGCGACAGUGGAUAACCGGACUGUUCAUAACUUUACGUCGAUCUACGACUUCAAGGCUGGAGUUUUGGAGUGGUCGUACACGUGGGAGCCAAGGGGUCGGAGAGGUUCUUACCAGAUCAACUACCGCCUGUUUGCGCACAAACUCCAUGUCAACCAGGCCAUUGUGGAUCUAACGAUUGUCCCAUCCAUCGACUCCGAAGCGACAGUUGUCAAUGUCAUUGAUGGAUACUCGGCAGUGCGGUCAGACUUUGUCAAGUCAGGCGAGGAUAAAGACGGCGCCAUAUUCUCAGCUGUACGACCAGUGGGAAUCGCCAACGUGACCGCCUAUAUCUACGCUCAAAUCAACGGAUCAAAGUCGUUGGAUCUGUCCCAUCGCAGCUUGGUGCAUAGAAAGCCUUAUGUGCACACCAAUGAAUCGUCUAUUGCACAAGCCAUCCCUGUCAAAUUCUCAGCUGGGGUCCCUGUCCAUGUUACCAAAUACGUAGGAGCCGCCUCUUCCGACGCCUUUGAUGACCCGGAAAAGACGGCAAAGGAGGCUUCACGUAAAGCGCUGGAACAAGGGUACGAAAAGUCUAUUUUGUCACAUGUCAAAGAAUGGGGGAGUGUUAUGCCGAGUGAUUCUGUGGAUAGCUAUGCUUUCCCCAAGAACAACACGCUCCCUGACGAUGAAUACAUUAUCGACUCUGCCAUCAUUGCAGUCACCAACACCUACUACUUGCUCCAGAACACAGUAGGCAAGAAUGCAAUCAAGGAAGUCUCAGGAGCCCCCGUCAACAUUGACAGUAUCUCCGUCGGUGGACUUACAUCCGACUCAUAUGCUGGUUUGAUCUUCUGGGACGCAGACCUCUUCAUGCAACCCGGUCUCACAACAUCACACCCAGAAGCAGCUCAGCGUAUAACAAACUAUCGCGUGGCCAAGUAUGACCAAGCCAAGAAAAACAUCGCUACCUCAUUUGCGGGCUCUCAAAACAAGACCAAGUUUUCGGAAUCAGCGGCUGUGUAUCCGUGGACGAGUGGACGGUUUGGUAAUUGCACUGCUACUGGUCCUUGCUGGGACUACGAGUACCAUUUGAACGGAGACAUUGGGAUAUCUUUGGUGAACCAGUGGGUCACGAGUGGUGAUACCGACUUCUUCAAGGAGACGUUGCUGCCAAUUUAUGACUCGGUGGCGAAUCUGUUCACCGAUUUGCUCAAACCUAAUGGAUCAUCGUGGACUAUCACAAAUAUGACUGACCCGGACGAGUAUGCCAACCAUAUUGACGCAGGCGGAUUCACUAUGGCACUAGCUUCGGAAACAUUGAUCCAGGCCAACAAGAUCCGCCGACAGUUUGGAUUGACAGAGAACAAAACCCAGGAUGAAAUAGCCUCUGAUGUGCUCUUCAUAAGAGAGAACGGUAUCACUUUGGAGUUUACGACUAUGAAUGGCAGCGCCAUUGUAAAGCAGGCUGACGUGGUGCUCAUGAGCUUCCCUCUGGGUUACAAUGAUAACUACACGGACCAAAACGGACUCGACGAUCUUGACUAUUAUGCAAACAAACAGUCUCCUGAUGGCCCAGCCAUGACCUGGGCAAUUUACUCCAUCGUAGCUGAUGAGCUCUCACCCUCUGGUUGCUCUGCGUACACCUAUGCACAGUACUCCUACAAGCCUUACACACGACCUCCUUUCUACCAGCUUUCUGAACAGCUGGUCGACAACGCAACCGACAACGGUGGCACGCAUCCUGCAUAUCCCUUCCUCACUGGCCAUGGAGGUGCUAACCAAGUGACUAUCUUUGGUUACCUUGGCCUGCGACUCAUCCCUGAUCAAGGUCUCCACGUGAACCCGAAUUUGCCGCCUCAGAUUCCGUAUAUAAAAUAUCGAACGUUUUAUUGGCGUGGUUGGCCUAUCUCGGCUUGGUCGAAUUACACGCAUACCACUAUCUCUCGACAUCCAACGACUAAACCUCUUGAUGUUGCGGAUCCUCGGUAUGCCAAUAAAAGUAUCACGGUUUAUGCUGGAAAACAGGGGGACUCUGCACUUCACCACCUGUCAUUUGACGAGCCUGUCGUGAUCAAAAACAGGCAGAUAGGCAGUGUCAACACAGUCCAUGGCAAUCUCGCUCAGUGCCGACCAGUACAAUCUUCCAACUCCUACGAGCCGGGACAGUUCCCUCUUGCAGCUGUUGAUGGAGCUACUUCCACGAAGUGGCAGCCGUCAAAGGCCGCUGAUGUCAGCUCACUAACUGUUUCUCUUGCGAAAAAAGACAUUGGAUCUAUGGUUACGGGUUUCUACUUUGACUGGGCCGAUGCCCCCCCUGUCAACGUCACUGUUCUCUUCCACAACGAAACCAUUCAUGACCCGACAAAGGCGUAUGGCAAGUCCAGUCAAGACCCCGGAUAUGACGUUGUUAUGUCGAUAAAGAAAGUCAAACUCUCGGACCCAUACAACGCAAAGACCGAUAAUCUAGACGCCGUCGUUAUGCCUACAGGAAACACUACCAAUAUUACUCUGGCAAACCCUGUUCCAUUAUCUCGAUAUGCCACUUUGUUGAUCGCGGGGAACCAAGGUCUGAAUGCUGUUGAUGCUAAAGCCGGGAAUGGUACCGGCGCUACAGUCGCCGAGUGGGCAAUCUUGCACUGAAGGAUGUUGGGGGAUACAAAGGAUGGUGUCCAAUAUGGGGCUCAAUAGCGGCCUUAGGGAAAGGAUGACAACGACUGAAGUUUAGUCUAGACAUUCAAUUGUGUAUUCAGAAGAAAAGUGGACAUAUCAAAUUUCAUGUAUCUUUAAACCAUCUUGAUCACCAGAAGUGAUUAAGUGAAGCGAUCGUCAACUCCC